CAUGAUGAGUGAGACAUUUGAAGGGUGCGUCAUAUGAAAUAUUAUAUGAUUAACGGCAUCAGAAAUCACUUUAAAAAUCAUUAGACCAAACUGAAACAGAGCCGACUGCAAACUGGAACAGUUCGCUGUACAUUAUGAACUGCAAUAGACGUGUGCUGCGAUCUCUGAUACUGUUGGCCAUUGUCCAGCUGGCUCAGCAGUACUGUUAUUACAUGAAACUGCUAAGCUUCAGCUCUUGGGACACGCCCACCUAUAAGCUCGAAAUGAAACUGCAUGAGCGCAACAAUUCGAUGUCAUCGGUGACAACGGUGCUCGAGGAUGUGCCCGUGCCGCAAUGGCAUUUGAUCUUCAUUCAGAAUCCGAGCAAGCGCCGCAAUGGCAUGAGAUCGGACACGGUUCGUACAAUCUACAAUUCGACGAUCAAGACAUGUGAUUUUUGGAAAUACAUACGACGCGUGAAUGCCUGGAAUAAUGCAGCCAAGCUGAUCAUAUCGGGCGGCGGCAGCAACAUGAGCCUCGACUGCCCCCUCAAGCGCGGCAUCUACACGAUGAACGUCAUCCAGGUGCCGCCCGACACCUCCAUACUGAAGUUCAUGUACCAACCGAAUGCGAUCUACACGGUGAUCGGCACCGUCUACUCACUGAAUCCCAAAAAUGGCAGCAGGAAGGCCAUGUGCCACUACGAGGUCAACUGCACCAUCAUCAAGCACUGUUAAGCA